AUGGAUCGAAGAAUGACUCCAGCACCCUCUGACCGUGCUUCUGCGUGCAGUUCCUUUGCACCGCCAUCCUCGAGAAUCUCUAUACCAUCUGGAUCGGCCACGACCACUGUUCGCCCUCGUCGUCGCUUCAAGAGUUCACGAUUGAUUGGGGAAUUCGAGAAGCCUUGGCUACAGACAGGAAAGCGCACAUGGGACUGGGACCGGAUUAUCUUCUACAGUGCGGUUGGUGUUGCGCUUGCGCUGUCCGGCUUCAUCUGCUACCAUUCGGUGGCCACUGUACCCAAGAAUGAGUACUGUCUGAUCCUAGACGAGGGCUUCUCCACUCUGGACACCAGUGUCUGGAACCACGAGGUGCAGGUGAAUGGUUGGGGAACAGGCUCAUUCGACUGGACCACGGCCGACCCUCGAAACUCCUUUGUCGACGCCCAGGGCCUCCACAUCGUUCCAACUCUGACUCUCGAGGACACAGAUAUCACACCGGCGCAAUUCGUGGACGGGUAUAUGCUCAACCUGACCACAGAUGGCACCUGUACCACAACGGACCAGCGACUCUCCAAUCUAACCACCGUCUCCAAGUGCGCAGUCCGCAGCAACGUGACCGCAGGACAAAUCAUCAACCCCGUCCGCUCGGCUCGACUAACCACAGCCGGAAAGAAGACUAUCAAAUACGGCCGGGUCGAGGUAGUCGCUAAACUGCCGGCGGGCGAUUGGCUGUGGCCCGGAAUCUGGAUGAUGCCCCAAGAUUCAGUAUACGGGCCGUGGCCCGCCAGCGGGGAGAUUGACAUUGUGGAAAGCCGCGGGAACGACGCGGAGCGGUAUCCGCUGGGCAGCAACAUCAUCAGCUCGUCGAUGCACUGGGGCACGACGUACGAUAACGAUGCAUAUGUGCUCAGCAUGGGCGAGUGGGGAUCCAAGCGCACCAAGUACUCGGAUGGAUUCCAUACUUUUGGGCUGGAGUGGUCGGAGAAGUAUCUGUUUACCUGGCUGGACGGGCGACUACGGCAAGUGCUUUUUUUUGACUUUACCAAGAACGAGAAUAUGUGGACGUAUGGCAAGUUCGCCGGCACGAAUGACAAUGGCUCGGCUCCUACGAACCCCUGGAGUCAGACUGGGCGAGACAACACCCCGUUUGACCAGCCAUUCUACUUGAUUCUCAAUGUGGCUGUUGGUGCAACGAAUGGUUACUUCCCGGACCGGGUAGGGAACAAGCCGUGGAUGGAUAAGAGCGAUACAUCGAUGCGGGAUUUCUGGCUGGCAAAUAGUUCCUGGCUGCCCACCUGGGGAGAUACAAACGACCGUGCUAUGAUCGUCAGGUCGGUCAAGAUGUGGCAGCAAGGGUCUUGUUGA